AUACUAUUAUUUAUUUAAUUUGAUCACAAAUGGAUUUAACAAAGUAUAAUUUACGGUGCAAUCGAAGUAUUAGCGAAAAAAUGAUGAAGAAGGAUUUCAUUUACGAUAUUAAAUCUACACAACUUUCUUUUUAUAAGACAUCGCAAAAGUCCAUGAAACCCGAUGUUAUUUAUCAGUUUCCUCACCAAGUAUCAAUUAAUAAUGAAUUACGAAACUACGACGGGGAAUUAUUGGAAACUAAUUUACAACUUCCUGUACAACGAAGUUUAAACUUUGAGUGUAACUUCUGUCACGAAUCACUUGCAACUUUAUUUUCACUUUCGACUCACGUUAAGUUUCACUUGAAAGAGUUCUGCAAGAAGUGCUACUGGAUAUUGGAAAAUAACGAAAGUAUAAAGCAGCAUGUUGAACAAAAGCAUUCAAUGAGUUGCAAUCAAAUUUUACUAUAA